ACUCGCUCAUUUGCCUCUCUCUCUCUCUCUCUCUCUCUCUCUCUCUGCAAAUUCCAAAUGAUAGCCGUUGAGUUUCCGUUUUUUCCAUUCCAUUUCCAAAACGUCUCAAUCAUUCUUCUUGGUCUCUUCAAACUCGUAACAAGUCUCCGUUGACCGCCAAUCUCUCUCUCUCUCUCUCACGCUCUCUCGGUCUUGACGUCUUCUUCUCCCUACAUCCCAAUGCUCAUCAUGUCUUCUAAAUCUACUCGCACCGUUGGAUCAAUCACACCAUGAGCGACUCUCAAAGCCCCUCCUCCUACUCCUCCAACUCCGGUUCCCCCUCCGCCCCCCAACAGAAUGUUGGGCAGAGUUGUAGAAGUGCUAGUGGUGGUGUUGAUUCAUUGUCUCCGGGACUGGCUCUGGAGGGUUCGCGCCAUUGGCGGGAUAUUUUUUGGUUAUGUUUAUUUAUUUUGCAUAUGAUUGGGAUAGGUUUUAUUCUUAGUUUCUUUGGACUUACUUGGUUUAGGAGGAAGGAUAUGCUUUACAUAGGGACGGAGGAUUACUGGCCAUUAUAUGCCGUUGCUGGCGGAAUUGGGACUGUUCUUGGGUGGAUUUGGCUGUUAUUGCUUGGUUCACGUGCAAAUCAAAUGAUGAAAUUUGCGGUUCACAUUUUGACUACUUAUCUUGCUGUGAUUAGUGUCUUGUGUUUUUGGGGUGAUCAGUUCUUCUGCGGUGUUGCAUUUGCUAUUGGGGCUGCAUUUCAGUUCUUGUAUGUCAUAUCAGUUAUAGACAGACUUCCAUUUACUAUGUUGGUGCUGCAAGGAGCUGUGAAGAUGGUUUGGAACCUUCCUGAGGUUAUGAGAGUAUCAUGUGCAUUCAUGGUAGUCAUGCUUUUAUGGCUAGCACUAUGGUCUUUCGGUGCAGCUGGUGUUAUGGCUUCAAACAUGAGUGACCAACCAUGCUGGUGGUUUCUUGUGGUGUUCUCUGUAAGUUUAUUUUGGACAGGUGCGGUUCUCUGUAAUACUGUUCAUGUUAUUGUGUCUGGGAUGGUAUUUCUUGUUCUCAUCCAUGGUGGCCGGGAAGCAGCAUCAAUGCCUUCCAAGCCACUGAUGAAGUCUCUACGGUACGCUGUCACAACUUCUUUUGGUAGCAUCUGCUAUGGAUCACUCUUUACAGCUUCUAUCCGGACAUUGCGUUGGGAGAUUAGGGGAUUUAGGUCAAAGAUUGGCAACAACGAGUGUUUGCUCUGCUGUGUUGAUUUCCUGUUUCAUCUUGUGGAGACUCUUGUUCGGUUUUUCAACAAGUAUGCCUAUGUUCAGAUUGCAGCUUAUGGCAAAAGCUUUAAUCACUCAGCAAGAGAUGCCUGGGAGUUAUUCCAAUCAACUGGUGUGGAAGCACUCGUUGCCUAUGAUUGUUCUGGGGCUGUUCUAUUAAUGGGUACUCUUUUAGGUGGGCUUAUUACUGGAACUGGUGCAGGAGUUUGGACAAUGAAAAAAUAUCCUGACAGAGUGAUUAUGGUGGGCUCUACUGCCAUGUUGAUGGGAAUGAUCUUGGUGGGACUAGCAAUGGUGGUUGUGGAAAGCGCUGUUACGUCCAUAUACAUAUGUUAUGCAGAAGACCCGUUAUUGAUUCAUAGAUGGGAUGCCGAAUUCUUCAACCAGAUGUCGGAAACUCUACACCAGCGUCUGCAACAUAGGAGUGCACGAGCGAGAGAAGUAUUGACUCACAGUCGGCUUGAUGGCCACAGACAAGAAACACUCACUAUUUGAUGAAGUUACCAAUGUUGUAUAACAUGCAGUGUGUAAUUGGUUCCAUUAUAAUUUAUUCAUCCAAGUUUUUGCAGUGCUCAUUUUCUUUUUCAACUUUCUGAAA